UUUCUAAGAAAGACUCUGAUACACAGCUAGCUGGAACGUCCAUACAAACUUCCCUAAUACAUGAAUUCACUACUUCAAAUGACCAGUGUACUAUUAUUAUAGUGCUUGCAAAGGUUUUACAGAGACUCAGAUAUUGUCUUCUUUUCCGACUGAACGUUUAAACUUAACUUGGUGGCUGCCCCCUGCACGAUAUCUCCUCUACGAUGAUUGCUCAUUUUUAUACAGCCUUUUCGAUUAGCUCUAAUGCAACAGCUCAAGCUCCAACCACAGGGGUUAUGACGGACGUAUCUUUGGCUUCGAGUGUUAUUCUCACUGUAAUGUCAAGCGUUUUGUUCUCGUCUGCCUCUGCCGUCUUGUUCCUGUAUUACUGGAGACGACUUGGAAGAGCAUUAGUCGAAACAAGAAUUGGCCUUGUCAUUUUCUUUCUAGGCGCUUUGCUAACCGCUAUCACAACUCUCGGAUGCUAUAAACGCGACAAAGUCUACGGCGUCUACACACUUUUCAUCGAGAUUUCUAUUGGUAUUAUUCUUAUGAUUGCAGGAGUUGUCUCGCUAUUUGAGCGACAGAGUCCAGAAAGAGAGAUAGACGACUAUGGGCGGCCUUUGAUUCCUGUCGGUCACACACAUGGUAGUACGGGGAUAGUCAUAUGGGUGAUCACCAUUCCUCUCAGCGCUCUAGAGAUGUUAUUUGCCAUUGGCGCAGCUACCAAGGCUCCUGCACCCGUGUAUGCUACAGUUGAGUUCGUUUCUUUAACCCAGAAGCUCGUUCAAGCGUCUAUUUACUACUUCAGUUUACGCCAUAAAGUGCCAAGUCCUUUGAUGCGAAUGGGUUGCUCAUGGUUUUUGAAAACAAUUUCGCUAUUGAACUUUGCUAUGUGGAUCGACUCCAUCGUCACCACCCACACUGAUAACGCAUUUGCCAUGGAGCUUUUUGGAAAAGGCUUCUCUAUCGUGAAAUCUGCCUACAAUGCCUUACUUAUUGACUACCGCCUUCUCUGCAGCUUGCUAUUCCUGGAACAUGUGUUUGAGCUCGAAGACACGAGGGAUAACAGUAUAGAGGCCCCUUACGACUUGUUCGACGAGCCACGCCCCGACAGAGAGACAAUGAACAGUACAUCAGUUAACGUUGAGGUCGUUCACUACUCUGGUUAUGGCUACAUGAUAGGGCUUAUUUGCGUGGGUCUGCAGUUAGUCAAUGGGUUGCAAUACCUAGACUUUGUUGGAGACUGGUCGAACAUUUUUCCUAUCUUGGCCGACUUUGCGGUCAUUUUAUUUGGUCUAUUGCUUUUGGGCGGCAGCUCUCCAAUUGAAAACAACCACAGAAAAUGGCGGGAAACUGAAUCAAAAGCAAUAGACAUCAUGGUAGGUUUUAUGGGUGCUGUUGGGUUCGUUUUCUGGUUGAUGAAAUCCUCCUUUUGUUUUCUGUGGACAUUUUCUACCAUGUCGAAACCUGCUGACAAGGCGACAAAAUCCUAUUUGGCAUGGACUUCUGUGAAGGACCUGGUGCGUGCUAUUGGGAUGUUAUUCCAGCUUCACUUCUUUGUCAAGAUGGGUCCACAUUACUCCAGGAACAUCGGUCGUCGCAUGUACCAUCUUCUAGUUCCAGCAAUCAUGCUGGCGCUUCUGUCAAUUUUCGUAGCAUGUGUAAUCGACCAGUAUAAUGGACGUGUGGAACACUUGAUCAACCAAUCCCAUCUUGACCCGUCUAUAACCUCAUUCUUCGAAGCUGCCGCACCUAUUCAUCUUGGCUUCUCUCUUCACAUGUUUCUGCAUUUUUACAUCAUUAAACGUAAAAUGAGCUCGCUGCAGUAUGUACACCCAAGACGUGAUGUUCAUUUCUCUCAGGUUACUGAGUCUUAUGGCUCAAAUGAAAGUGGGAAUGGAAUGAAUGAAAGAGAUGAAAGGGAAUCACAUAUAUACUCAAACACUUGAGUGGCAGCAAAUCUCCAAAAUUAUAAACAUUUUCAUCACUCUACCCACGCAACGUUUCUCUCUCCAAAACGUUGCGUGACAGACCUUAUGAACGUCUGCUGAGGAGGCUAAGAUACCAUAUGUACUAAGGGUGUAACAGGAAACCCAAUAUUGCAAAAUACUAGUCUUUUAUGUAACAGAGCUUUAAACUACUUUACAGUCAGACUCUGCUCUGAAGCCUGACCUUGUGUCAUGCAUGUAGUAACUAGGGGGCUAGCUAGAGUACAAACACUAUAAGUGUGUAACAUAAAUACCACUAAA